GCACUCGACGCCGCAAAGGCUUCUCUCUCUCUCUCUCUUCCCUCUGCUCGAGGGGUGUGCGACCACAAGUUCGCGCGGGUUCAACUGCUGACCUAGCCGCCAGCGGCGGCGAUGGAUGGGUUUUUGUUAUCGCCGCCAGCGGCGGCUACCGCCAUGCACAAGCCAGCGUUAUCCAGUGGAGGUAGGAGAUUAGAUGUGUCGAGGACCGAUAAGCGGUCGGUACGCGGCUACGAAGGCGCUAGGGUCGAGUGGAGGGGAGCAGGAGUAGGAGCAGCUGGGGGUGUAGGACGAGGAGAUCGAAGGAGUAUGAAGAUAAAAUCUAUGGCAGGCCUCCACCUUUUCUCAACGUGGCAAGACUGGCGGGCAACCUCUCUUUCGGGCUGCCCGCACUCAAGAUCGUCUUUCCUCUUGUCUAGAGGAGGAUCCCGUCGUUCGUCCAGCAGAAGCAGCAGCCUCCACCACAACUCUCCUAUCGUCGUUGACGAGAUAGGCGGUGAGUAUCAGGAGAGUUUUGAUGACGUGGACAAGCAUUUGAUCGACUAUUUCACAUACAAAGCCGUUAAGACGGUUCUGGCUCAACUCUACGAGAUGAAUCCUCAACAGUACGCGUGGUUUUAUAACUUUGUGGUCUCUCAUAAACCACAAGAUAGUAAAACUUUCCUUAGAGUCCUCGUGUCAGACAGGCAAGAAUUAGGAGAGCGAGUCAUGGUCACCAGGCUCCAUCUCUUUAGAAGAUGGGCGAAGAAGUACAGUCACGCCGAAGUCAAUGAUGCCAUUGCCAACCAGAACCUGGAGCUCUUGCGUGAACGACUUAUGCAGAUCGUAAAGCUAACACCUGAUGGUGAUGAUCCUAGGGAACGGCCGCUAAAGCAAUGAUGGCACAUUUUCUCUUCCUCCUUCCCCUGCUCUCCUUCGUUCUCGUUUUUUUGACCUUCUUCUCUUCCGCCCUGACCGCCUCAUGCUAUCAUUGACAUCCUAUCCUCUCUCAUGCACUCGCUCUCUAUCGCUGUCGCUCUCUCCCUCUUUACCUCCCUCGUCUUUUUCUAUCUUAUUCUAACUUUCUGUAAAGGUAAGGCCUCUCGGCCUUCCUCCUGUCGCCUAUUCUCCUUUCCUUCUCGUUUACCUUUCUGCCCUCCUCUCCAUCUUUUUCUGCCUUCUUUAGGCUGCGGCUCUCUUUUAUUACGGCUUCCUGCUAUCCUCUUUUUCUGUGCCUGCUUGCCUGCCUGCGCUCUCCUUUUCUGUCUGAGUCGCUCUUACUUAUUUCUUUAGCCCCAAGUCUUCAACCCUUCACUAAUCCUCCAGUUCAGGGACGAAGUACUGGCAGAUUCCCCAGAUCUCCUUCUUACUGUACCCCGAGCUCGCCGACUAGCGCAGCAAUUUCAUAUUACUCUCUCUCGUUUCUUCACAUUGCGCUGGGUCUUCGAUGACUUCCGAAGACCGUCUGGGCGGAACUCAGCCCUCUUUGUCGUUUUCCCUCGUAUCUUUCGGUGUUUCCCUCUCCUGCUCUUUCGCGGCGCGCUUCUCCCCUCUCCUCUCCCCUUCUUGAGUCACCCCUCUGUGAACCUACUAGCGCUUUCUCCUCGUUUCACCUGAAUCGCGGUCUAUUCGACAUGUAGAUUUGCUCUACUUCCCUCCGGCCCCUCAUCUUUUGACAUCCGUGAUUUUUCUGACUACCCACCAUCCCUGUUCUCGCUGCACUCCCGUCGACGCCUAUCUCACGCGAUCGAUCUUAGAUCAAGCAGGCUCUCUUUUAGUCGUCUUUAGCCCCUCCCCUUUUCGGCACCCUAUCACAGGUCCCUGCAGGUGCGCAUGUCGUUACAGAUUGUCCCCGUUCUUGGUCGCACUCUACAUCUCAUUCCCUUCAGCUUUGAAUCUUGUUCCAGACCAUUCCUCCCACUCUUGAGCCUUGCUUUUUGUGUAAUAUCGCAGGCACACACAUCGCGAGGAAAGACGCGCACAAAACAUACACAGCACCACAUGCAGACCCUCUCCAAGCUGGACAGCUCACACCCGUAGUCGGGGAAUCUGCGCUGCGUUGGCGGCUUUUUUCUUCCGCCUCCCUUUUCCGUCUCUAUUUGUACUAUUCUAUUAUUAUUAUGACGGCUACGUUCUAAAUUGCACAGGCUUAGGAGUAGUGGUAGGUCGUGAAAGGGAAAAUAUAUGUUCAAUGCCAUGGCAGAACGCCAGUAAAAAUAUGUGAGGUGGGAGAAAAUAUAUAUAGCUGUCCCCCGAUGAGGAGAAGACAAAAAAAAAAAUUGCAUGGGACAGGCUGCCUAUUUCUCCUGAACCUGAUGCCGGGUCAUCUCAGUUGCUGGCCGUGGAUGAGAGCGCAAACAGGGAUUAUUGAAGAAGAAGUCCGGAGAGUAAGACGGUAAAAUAUGAGAUUGAUCCAUAAAUAUAGUAGGUUGUAUGGAUAGAUAUGUACACAGAACGGGAAACGUACGUGCGUGCGUGCGUGUGUGUGUGUGUGUGUGUGUGUGUGAGAGAGAGAUAGAGGGAGAGAGAGAGAGAGAGAGAGAGAGAGAGAGAGAGAGAGAGAGAGAGAGAAACGCAAUCUAGCUGCCUCUCCCGAUUAAAAUCUACGGGGCGAUAGUCCAGCCAGAUUAUCCUUUUCAAUUCUGUGUACAGGUUCUUUCGUCAUCAUGUCAGUUCGGGGCGGGAUUGCAUUGGAAGCUAAUCAUUCGACACUGCGCACAAGACAUCGGCCUCGGGAGACGAAAGAUUCGCAGUGUGUGUGCCCUCGACGGCCUCGAAAACAGGUGCAA